UCAAGGGAUAUUGUCAACUGUGUUUGUGGGACAAGUAUGGAUGAUACGCUUGAAACUCGGGAGAUGGUCUUGUGCGACAAUUGUGAACAAUGGCAGCGUAAGUGCUUCUUGUUUUCCAUCAAAGACACGAGAGAUGAAUAUUGACUGACCUUGAACAGAUGUACCGUGUAUGCAGCUCGACUCGGAAGACUUGCCGGAUGACUACUUUUGUCAUCACUGCUUGCCAGACUUGCACAAGCAUCUCUUGGACGGCUCUUCUAAUCCCUCUACCGCUACACUCCCUGCAUCGCUACCAGAUGCAUCCACCCAUCGAUUUGGGCAGCCGCCCAGUCGACCCAUCGUUCAUCACGGUGAAGCCUCCAUUCCGCAUGCAACACUACCAAGUCGUACAGCAAGCCAGGUGAAACCACCGACCCUUGUCAAAAUCAAACUGUCUGCGUCACACCGACCGUCACAUCCACGCUCACAACGUCUGACGAAAGAACAAGCGAGAUUGGUGCAAGCGGAUGAUUCAGAGCUUGAUGGUGAUUUAGAGGCUAUUUAUGAAGGGUUAAGUCGGCAUGGUAUUCCGAAUGGACGGCACGUCUCACCCUCGCCGUCACCUUUGCAGAUGCAAGAAACGCAGUCCACUGAUUCACGAACGAAACGGCGUCGUGUGUCUACAGCAGAGGAGGAAGCGAUGCAGACUCAUAAAUCGAGGACAAAAAAGGCCAGAGUCCAGGAUAGCACACCGCCGCCUGAACAGCAACAGCAACAGCGCGUCCAGCUGUCUCCAGCAACGACGCGCCACAGAGUAUACAACGUGCCAGCCCAGGUAUGGGCCAAGCAAGCGAGAAAUGACGAUCUCAAACGAAGCACAGAACUCCUAAACAGCAACGAUAUCCCACCCUAUAUCAUCGACAAUCGCGAUCUCAAUCAACCCACUGAACGUGCCCUCAAACGCAUGACGGCGUCUGAAUUCCGACGUGCCUUGGAGAUUGGUGAUAUCGCGUACCGCGACAUGCUCGAAUUCGCACAAGACACACUCCGUUUAUUCAGUUUGCUCGAUUCACUACCCUCUGGUGUGUCAAGGGGCUGGUCGCAAUUGGAUGAAGGAGUGCGCGAGACGGCCAUUGCACGUAUUGCAGAGGAAUUCGAACCGACUUUUACCGGGAAACGGUAUCGUCAGCCAGCAAUGUGGUUGUUGUUUACGGCAUACAAGCAGCAUCUCAUGGCUCAGCAACGUGCUGCAAAACAAGCUGCUGCCGCUGCUGCUGCUGCCACAACUGCUGAAGACUCGACACAGCAGGAUACAGAGAUGAUUGAUGCUGUUCCAGUCACACGUGGUCGACCAAAACUUGCUGCAAGGGAGACACCGUCGGUAUCUGCCCAUGCCUCUCCUGUACGGUCGAGUACGAGAGAAGCGGAUAUGGGUGCAGCAGGUCGACGGAGUGGUCGAGUGAAAAAGGCGAGUGCACGAGCCGUUGCUGCUGCAGCGGCAGAUUUCAGUGGUGGUAGUGCAUCUCCUGAUGCAGACAGAACACGCUCCGUCUCUCGUGUUUGCAGUGAGUCUGCUGUGGAUACACCGAUGGAUGGUGAAUCUACUGGAUCUGCCAACGCUUCAGCUGUUCAUGCAACAGCGAAACCUGGAAGGGUGAAUGAACAUACUUGGCCAUCUGCAGGGACAGUCCAGCAACCUCCACCACCACGCGUACCCGUCCCAAUAAUGGCACUCGAUGUAGAAGGUCCGGCCAUUCGUCAUCCUUGGCAUGGUGUUACUGCACAGACACCACUACGGCAACAAGCAUCCUCUAAAGUUUUGAAGACACCGGUUGAGCCUUUUACAAAACUGCCGCCACCCAAUACCGUUCCUAUCGCUUCACCCUUUUCAGAAGCCAGCACAGCGAAACCACUUGUUGGGUCGAAUACAGGACAGAGUCCCAUGCAGCCUCGACCACCGCGACAAGUUCCGUUCAAAGCGACCAAGUUCUCUCCUGGUGCUGGUCUGUCUGAUGGAUCACAUCUCGGUGUUCAGAAUGAGUCGGAGAAGCAGCAUGCACGGGGUAAGCAAGAGGUGGGUACAACAAGCACGCAUGCCUUCUACGGUAGCAGCAGAUGAAGGCGGCCAUUGCGGUAUUUAUCAAUGUGUGUCAGGUUUGUAACAAGAAGAAAGCAUAGAAAGUGAGGGAUAGAGUGUGGACAUGUCUUCUUUUGAGGCUUCAAUGCUAAUGUGAUGUGUGUGUGUAGAAGUAAAGAAAACGAUCAGCUCAGACGCGUAUCAUUUCCUGAAAGCAUUCUAAGCAGAUGCCUCGACGGCAGAGCGAGACUCAAUGGUACGCUUCUUGCCGAGUUGCCUGGCAUUCAACCUAACGACCUGUCCGUCCUGUGCCUUGGGCACUUCAGCGGCCUGUUCGGCAAGGAUGAUCUCGACGUGCGAGGGAGACGAGAGGUAAGGGUUGAUGCGACCGUGAGCACGGUAUGUCCUGC